GCAUGAGGUUCAUUCAGUGUCCACUCUGUCCUAACUGCAAAACAACAAGGCUCUUUGUAUCUCUCUCUCACUGAGGGAAGUGGGCGAGGUUUUUGCUCACCUCAGGGAUGCUGCUAGACAGCACUAGAUCGCAUUUGUAGUGAAGGCGUCGUCAGGGGAGCUCCAGAAAGAGAAAAUGCAGCCGGACUGAACGCUCACUCUCUGGCCACACGGACUGCUUUCCUUGAUGGCUCAAACGGAUUCCCGAGGCGAAGUGAAUCCGAACUAUGAAGAGAACAUAUGCUGCAGUUAAACCUUUGGAAUAACAUUCGCUUCAGAUUAAAAUGGAAAUGAACAGAAAACCACUUCGUGUUUUAUCUCACACUUUAAAGCGAUAUAGUUUUAGCGCGGGACUGAUGUGUUUGUUUGUUUUGUUCGCUGAAGCUCAUAAAUGUCACGAUACCUACAUGCGUUAUGACGGGUUGGUGAGCUGUGAAGAGAUCAUGCUACCUCUCGAAGUGCCCAGAAGCACCCAAAAAUUAACUUUAUACAGAUAUAACAUCUCAGUUUUAACCGAGAGAGCGUUUUCGGCCAAUGGGACCGAUAUGGACUUGCGCGCGCUGUCAUUGCAGGACAACAACAUACAGGUGAUCAAAAGUUGUGCGUUUUGCGGACUCCCACGACUUGUUUCCUUAGAUUUGAGUCACAACCGUUUAAGGGUUGUGUCCCCUGGAGCUUUUUAUGGCUUGGAACGGCUACGUCAUCUUAACCUCAGUAACAACUUAAUGACUUCGGGCGCGGGGCAAUUACCACUCGCGCUGUCCACGGACAGUUUGUGUAAUCUUCAGAGACUGGACCUGUCUGGAAAUUGUUUUAAGGUAAUUCCUCUUUCUGGGUUUGGCAACCUCAAUUUAACCACUUUAAUACUCACAAAUAAUUCCAUUGCGACAUUAGAUAAGCACAAUUUAGCAAAACUAAUCGAAUUCGAGGAAAUACAUAUUUACUUAUCACACAACCCGUUCGACUGUAAAUGUGACAAAGUGAAGGAGUUUUAUGAUUGGCUGAAGAACAGUUCCCAAUGCGCAGACGUAACUAGUCUGAAAUGCGCGCAACCAGAAAAGAAGAAGAAUACACUCGUAAAGGAUCUAGAAAAGAGGGAUAUGGAGUGCCAAAACUUGGAUGCCCGUUCUUAUGUGCUUCUCGGCAUUGUGUUGGCCCUCAUUGGAGUUGUGUUCCUCAUGGUGCUGUAUUUGAACAGAAGAGGCAUCAAGAGGUGGCUCAAUAACAUUAGGGAGGCCUGACGGGAUCAAAUGGAGGUGUAUCAUUACAGAUAUGAACAGGACUCUGAUCCCAGGUUAGCAAACGUUGCCGUUUAAGCGGAACCUGCUGACCUCAUCUCUCUGAACUGUUUAAUGAAACGCUAUGACAACGAAACUGGAGUUUGUGGCUUUUAAGUCCAUGUAUGUUAGCUUUAAGACAAGCAUACUCUUAAAAGUUCACAAAAUAAACUUUCAGCAGAUAUACACUUUUUAAAUUAACUGAAAGUUAUGGAUAUGGAAUUCCAGUUACUCAUUUUGCAUUCACUGGCGUUUUUUUUUUUUUUUUGGUCUAAUACAUUUUUUAACAUGAAUGCAUCUUCAACAUCUCUGGGACCAGCAAUUGAGAUGAAUGGGAAUGCUAACGGGUAGCUUUCUGCAGGUAUUACAGAUCUCACUGCAAGCAAUAGAAGAUAACAACUCAUGUUUCAAAGCUGUGAUGUAAAUGGGAGCCUAAUGGCUAUUAUAUCCUUAACCAGAAAUUCGUAUUUCAAUAGGAAAAUGCAUCAAUACAGCAAAGAAAACAGGGUUCAUUAAGCGAUUUCAUCACUUUAAGUGUUAAUUUGUAUUAGAUGCUAUGGAAUGAAAACAGUCUAACUGUAUAUACAUUUAUCAGUUUCAAAAAAUAAUACUAAUACAUAAAUAACAAUUGCAAAUAAUAUAGGAAAGUGUAGGAUAUAUGUAACACUCCUUGCUUUCCCCAAUGCAUUAAAUUAUUGCAUCAAACAGUCCAGAAGGCCUAAUAAAAAUCUGGUUAAAUGUAAGCCAAAAUAUACAAUAACUUCCCUUAUAAUGCUGAAAAUUGGCAUUAAUGCAUUUAAUGAAAUAGGUAAAUGAUCAGCUUUCGUGGCAUUAUUUGAAAAUGUUUAAGUGCAUUAGGGGGAAUUUAUAUGCACAAACAUUACAUGGACUACCUGGAGGACUGCUUGAAUUGUGAUUUUUUUUAUUUUUACCCUAUAUAACAUUGUAUACAGUGCCAAGACACUCUUGGUUUAGAGUGAGAGAAUGAUAUGAGUUUUUUUUGGCAAUGUUUGAAUCUAGACCUUUGUUUGUAUUUAUGCAUAUGGAGAUUUGACUGUACAAAUAUGUGCAAUUCUAAACUUCAUCAACUGUUUGCAUAUUUUGAAUGACUGUUAUGCAGCCCAGAUAACCUUGUGAUGAAAUUACAAUAUAGAGCAGUGACAUAAUACUAUUUUAUAAAUAAAUGACUUGCAUCCUCA